CAAGAAGACGAACAACAAGAAGUGAAUAAGCAAGUUACCUGUCCGUGUCUUAAUAAUAUAAUAUUAUACACUACUUAAGUAUCAUCGUGCGAUCGAACUUACAAACUGUAAACAUACUUACAUACUUACUUUAUUUAUUAAAAAGGUGUUUGUUUGUUACGUUGCGUUUUUUUGUUUGUUACAAGCGAAAAAACAGGAAUUAAAAAUUCAAAAACAAGUCUUAUAUCGAGGAAUUUGUGUUAAACGAACGUGUUCUAAUUUUGUGAAUUCGAAACUUUUUUUUUUAUAAAAGUGCAUUUUUUUCUUAAUUGAAGUGAUUAUUUAAUUGAAAUCGAAAAAAAAAUGGCAUCAAAAUUACGACCAUUAUUAUAUUAUACGGAUAGUGCUGGAAAUUCUCCAACAGUGUGUUUACCACCACCAUAUUCGAAGAAUUGUGUUCCAAACACUUCAUCAACUCCAACGAGCGUGAAAAAAUCCUGCUCUAACGCCUUUGGAAGAAUUUUUCAUAAAAACCACGUGGUACCACCACCGUCAAUGGAGUGCGGUGUUGCAGCAACAUAUCCAGCCACAUCUAAUGGAGGCACACCAAAUGGUAUUAUGGCAUCAGAAGUACGUAGCGAGCGAAGUCCAGCCAAAACGGGAUUACAUGUUAACUUCAUUGAAAAAGGUGAAGUUAAGGAACGCCGAGAGAAAUUCCUUACAGCAAAAUAUGGUAGUCAUCAAAUGAGUUUAAUUCGAAAGCGAUUAGCUGUUGAAAUGUGGUUAUACGAUGAAUUACAAAAAUUAUAUGAAAGUCCAGUAGAAGAUCCAAAAAGUCGAGAAGUAGAUGUAGAUAUCGAUGAGUUAUUAGAUAUGGAUAAUGACGACCAACGCCGAAGGCAUUUACAGGAUUUACUGAUCGAUGCCAAAAAAUCAUCAAACGAUGUAAAAAGAUUUAUAAAUGAUCUCCUAGCAAAAGCAAAAACACUCUAAAUUAAGCAAAAAAAAUGUGAAUGUGCCAGUGAAAACAAAUUACAAAUUCCAAGGAAUGCUAGUUGGAUGAUGCUUAAUGUCGCCGACCCGCUUCACAAACGGGGCUUGCUGUUUUGUGCAAGAAGACUUAUUUACAUUUUUUUGUUGUGUUUAUAAUAAAAAUAAAAACCUAAUCCGACUAUUAUAUUAGUUAUACAUACAAUUAAUUAAAAAUACUUUUAUUAUUUCAAAAAU